CUCCCGUCAACAACGUUUAGGCCGUUCAUUCAGUCAGCGUUAAGAACAAUGCAGGUCACCAUGAAGAGCAGCGCCGUCAGCGGCCAGCGCGUGGGCGGUGCCCGCGUCGCCACCCGUAGCGUGCGCCGGGCGCAGCUGCAGGUUGUGGCCUCUAGCCGCAAGCAGAUGGGCCGCUGGCGGUCGAUCGACGCGGGCGUCGACGCGUCCGAUGACCAGCAAGACAUCACUCGCGGCCGCGAGAUGGUGGACGACCUGUUCCAGGGCGGCUUCGGUGCCGGCGGCACCCACAACGCAGUGCUGUCCAGCCAGGAGUACCUGAGCCAGAGCCGCGCCUCGUUCAACAACAUUGAGGACGGCUUCUACAUCUCGCCCGCUUUCCUGGACAAGAUGACCAUCCACAUUGCCAAGAACUUCAUGGACCUGCCCAAGAUCAAGGUGCCCCUCAUUCUGGGUAUCUGGGGUGGCAAGGGCCAGGGCAAGACCUUCCAGUGCGCGCUCGCCUACAAGAAGCUGGGCAUUGCCCCCAUCGUCAUGUCCGCUGGUGAGCUGGAGUCCGGCAACGCCGGUGAGCCCGCCAAGCUGAUCCGCACCCGCUACCGGGAGGCCUCCGACAUCAUCAAGAAGGGCCGCAUGUGCUCGCUGUUCAUCAACGAUCUGGACGCCGGUGCCGGCCGCAUGGGCGACACCACCCAGUACACCGUGAACAACCAGAUGGUGAACGCCACCCUGAUGAACAUCGCCGACAACCCGACCAACGUCCAGCUGCCCGGUGUGUACAAGAACGAGGAGAUCCCUCGCGUGCCCAUUGUGUGCACGGGCAACGACUUCUCCACCCUGUACGCGCCCCUGAUCCGCGAUGGCCGCAUGGAGAAGUACUACUGGAACCCCACCCGCGAGGACCGCAUCGGCGUGUGCAUGGGCAUCUUCCAGGAGGACAACGUUCAGCGCCGCGAGGUGGAGAACCUGGUGGACACCUUCCCCGGCCAGUCCAUUGACUUCUUCGGCGCCCUGCGUGCCCGCGUGUACGACGACAUGGUGCGCCAGUGGAUCACCGACACCGGCGUGGACAAGAUCGGCCAGCAGCUGGUCAACGCCCGCCAGAAGGUGGCCAUGCCCAAGGUGUCCAUGGACCUGAACGUGCUGAUCAAGUACGGCAAGUCGCUGGUGGACGAGCAGGAGAACGUCAAGCGCGUGCAGCUGGCCGAUGCCUACCUGUCGGGCGCCGAGCUGGCCGGCCACGGCGGCUCUUCCCUGCCCGAGGCCUACAGCCGCUAAGCGAUGUGCCUCCUCUGUAGGAGCUCUCGCUUCGUGGCUUCGGCUUUCGGAGGCGCGGUGAUUUCGCCGUGCAGUGCGAGGAUCUGGCCUGCUCCUAUCUUCCCUGAGUGGCGCUGUUUGGCGACAAAAGCGGCUCUCAGUGGUAUUUGUGGAGUAUGGCGUAGCGCGACCUCCUCACGAACGCCGCGUCCGUCCCGGCGGCGCACAGCUUUGCAGGCGGUAGCAGCGGUCAUAUAAGUUGGAGGACUGGCGCGGGUUUGUUGUUCUCGUGCCGUGUCAACUGGCUGUGGUACCCCCGCUGCGUUCACGGCUUGCGAAUGCGUGUGUCGUCGCGUGCGUGCGUGUGUGGCAGUGGGAGGCAGGUGGGCUUGUGCGGUGGUGAUUUACGGCUAGGGAGGGCGGACACGGCGGAAUUCGUCUACCCCGCCCUGAGUGUGAGGCGUCGCGAUCACACGUACCUGAGCUGCGUUUGUGGCGGGUGCUGUACGCACGCGCCUCACGACCCCUUGACGGCUCGGGACUGACCUAGAGUUCGGAUUUUGUCGUAGUUGAUAUACUCUUUAGAGGUUGGCCUUGGUGUCCAUGCUUUCCACAUCUGAGUGAAGGCCCCCCCUGCCAGUUUUGCCUGGAGUGUUUUGACCAAAACAACAAAUGAUGGUCCGGGGAACCAUCGACCUGGUAUGUUGGUGUGCGCGUUAAAAUAUAGUGUGUUCAAGGAGUGGAGACAUGCACAGGGCGUGAUGAGAGCGGCACUGAAGCUGGCACGUGUAUGGAUUGCGAAGAGAGCUGUGUUUCUGCAGGCUGCAUGGAAUGAGAGCGAGCCGGCCCCGAAAGGGGCUUGGCGGCGAGGAAUGAUGCGUCCAGACCGAAAUGCGAGCCGUCUCGGCGAGCGCCAUGCCUGCGGGUAACCUGUAAAGGCGCCUGCAU